AGAGGUUCUACUUCCAACAGUUUCAGUUCUUCCCAAUCCCAAUUCGGCGAUUCCCAAUCGCGCUCGCGGCAAAACCCAUUCCAAAAUCUCGACUUGUACCUUCGAAAAAUCUUAACUCUCUCUCUCUCUCUCUCUAGGGUUUUGGGUACAAAUCGACAUGGCCGGCGCUGGGAUCCACCCAUACCACCAGCAAUGGCCCCAGGCUGCCGGUCCUCCGCCGCCUCCUCCGGUAGUCACCGCUGUCGCUCCUCCUCCUCCUCACUACCUCGUCGACAACCCUAACCGGCCCGCGACCGACGAGGUCCGGACCAUUUUCAUCACGGGUCUACCCGAGGAUGUAAAGGAGAGAGAGAUACAGAACCUGUUGAGGUGGUUGCCGGGUUACGAGGCCUCCCAGGUCAACCACAAAGGCGAGAAGCCUAUGAGUUUUGCUCUCUUUUCCACUGCUCAGCAAGCCAUUGCUGCCAAAGACGCCCUUCAGGGAAUGAUUUUCGAUUCGGAGUCCAAGGCGGUGCUGCACACGGAGAUGGCAAAGAAGAAUCUUUUUGUUAAAAGAGGAAUCGUAGCUGAUGCAAAUGCUUAUGAUCAAAGUAAACGAUUGCGAACUGGUGGUGACUACACGCAGGCUGGUUAUAGCAGUCCAUCUCCUUUUCAUCCUCCUCCACCUCCUGUUUGGGGGCCACAUGGGUAUAUGGCUCCACCACCUCCUCCAUAUGAUCCAUAUGGUGGUUAUCCUGUUCCUCCAGUACCAAUGCCCCCUUCUGCUCCUGUACCAGCACCUAGUAGUUAUGUACCUGUUCUGAAUACAAAAGAUAACCCACCGUGCAAUACCUUAUUUAUUGGCAAUCUUGGAGAGAGCAUUAAUGAGGAAGAACUGAGGGGCCUUUUCAACUCACAACCUGGAUUUAAGCAAAUGAAGGUCUUGAGACAAGAAAGGCAUACUGUUUGCUUCAUUGAGUUUGAAGAUGUAAACAGUGCCUCCAAUGUACACCACAGUUUGCAGGGUGCUGUUAUCCCCAGUUCGGGCUCUGUAGGCAUGAGAAUACAAUAUUCGAAGAACCCAUUUGGGAAAAGGAAGGAUGGGAACCACCCUGGUGCUGUCCCUGCUGCCAAUGGAGCUCCACCGGCUAUGACAUACCAGUAGCUUGAAGGGGAUGUACUCUGUUUUUUAUGCUACCGACAAAUACAACCAACCACAUGAUAGGAUGCAUCUUGCAGCUGUUGCAUGCAUCCAUUUCAUCCUCACGUCAUCAGCAUUAGCAUCUCUCCUCAUGUGAACGAAUGCACAUAGUGGCAUCAUGAACAUAACAUUUGUCCAUGUUAUAACGUAUUUGUGACAUGCAUUUUUCAGAAGUAUGUGUUAAUGCCUGGAUAUUAGGGGCAUAAAUAUUGUUAUCAUCUGUAGGAUGAGUGGUGCAUGGGUCUGCAGAUCUGUUGGAUUGUGUUUGUUUUGCUUCAUAUUAAAUUGAUGCACAUCAAAAUUAGGAAUGGCCAUCUAUUUAGGCAUCUUUCUAUCGUACAUUUUUUUUUGACAUAGGUUUGAGUAAUCACUUAUAUCAACAGUUCAUCUGAAGGUGGUUCCCGGUUCUCUGUCAUGACAUAACUUUUUUAGGAUGUGGAAACUUAGGAAAUCACACCAUUAUCAUGCUUUCCUUUCCAUAACCAUUGUCAUUUCCAUCACCACGACAUACUAUAAUCUUAGAUUUGUCAUAGGUCAUCGUUUAAGCGAGGUGCUAGUAAUGCUGUUUUUAACAUUCAAGAUGUUGGACGCAUAAAUUUUGAGAAGAUGUUGGGUAUUAUAUGCUGUGUGGUUUAUAUACAGGAUUUUCCAAUACAAAAUGACAAAGCUCUAUUCAUAUGAGGAGGUCAGGUGUGCAGCUGCUCUUUUGUUUCAGGUAAUAUUACUUCACUAGGCAAGGUUACUGUCAGACACACCUUAUGUAUGGAGGUUUUGAUUCACCAUCAUCAAGCCGCCUAAGGAUUAAUAAAUUUUUGACAUUUAUCAACAAGAGGAAUUUGGAAACGGAUCAUGA